AUGGCAUAUCUCACCAACUCUCCGGGCCACCAGCCCCUAAACCAAGACGACAGUGCUGCAUCAAGGCCCAGUGCGCCUCUUGCUGCCCUGAAGAAUCACCGUCGCAACUCUUCACUCACGCUCACUCACCACAACCUUCCCUCGCCAAGCUCAACUGCCUCCUUUCCCCUCCACGAUACAGACGACAGCAGCCCGCCCACGAGGGACAACUGCGAUAGAAGGCGGCCUGAUGAGGACGACUGCUCACGUCUGCCCAACAUGUCACAGCAGCUUGUCGGUCAGGCUGUCACACCUUUCCUGAGGGAACACAUUCCUGGGCUCUACGCACCCAUUGGCAAGCCCAACUUCCCGGCCAACGUCGACUACUCAGCCAGCUCGGCCGAUCCCAACAGCAAAUUCUGCUACCGCCACCGACCUGACUCGAAAUGUCGUCGCGCCGCCGAUGAAUCAAAGAUGGGCGCCAUCCAAAGUCAACUCGAGAGAUUACCACAGGCCGAUCAACAGGCCAUCACCCAUGUCUGGUCCCUCUUCUCUGCUGCUCCGGCAAAACACCGAGAGCUCAUGCUGCAGGGUGUUAUUACGCAGUGUUGCUUUCCCCAGCUGUCCAUGGUGUCGCGCGAACUAUCGGAAUCACUCAAGAUCGACUUCCUGUCCGCCCUCCCGACCGAGAUUUCUCUCAAAGUUCUUCGUUUCCUCGACUGUGUCUCAUUAUGCAAGGCCUCCCAGGUCAGCCACCGUUGGCGGGGUCUGGCCGACGACGAUCUGGUCUGGCAGCACCUCUGCAUGCAACACAUUGAACGCAAGUGCACUGCAUGCGGCUGGGCACUACCAAGGCUGGAGACGAAGAGAUUGAAGGACUGGAAGAAGCAACAUCAGCUCGCCGUUGCGCGCAUUCGGCAAACAGAAGUCGUUGAACUUCCAAACACAGAUACCACUACUGACGCGAAUCGCAUGACUUUGACUACCAGGAAGCGCGGGAACUCCACUUUUGAUAGCACCGAGGUCUCCGGCUCCAAGCGACAGUGUAGUGAACCUAUUCGAAAUUCGGUGGAGCGCCAAUGUCGACCCUGGAAGGAUGUGUACAGGGAUCGUUUUAGGAUCGGCGUCAACUGGAGGUUUGGCCGAUGCUCUAUCAAGACCUUCCGAGGCCAACACACCAAUGGCAUCACUUGUCUGCAGUUCGAUGAUAACAUCCUCGCGACUGGAUCAUACGACUCCACUAUCAAGUUGUGGCAGAUGGAUACCGGCGAAGUCAUCAACACCUUGAGGGGUCAUACCAUGGGCAUCAGAGCGCUCCAGUUCGACGACCGAGUCCUAGUGAGUGGUAGCUUGGACGGGACCGUGAAGAUCUGGAACCGACGAACAGGUGUAUGCAUUAACACUCUUCGACACAACGGAGGUGUCAUCACCGUUCACAUGGAUGGCGACUUACUGGCGUCUGGCUCUAUGGACAAGACCAUCAAGGUCUUCAACUUCAAGACUCAGCAGAUUGUCUGCCUCCGUGGCCACACCGACUGGGUCAACCAGGUAAAGAUUGAUGUCGCAAGCCGCACUCUUUUGUCGGCUUCAGAUGAUUGUACGGUCCGCCUAUGGUGUCUUGACACUCAGCGUUGCCUCAAGGUCUACGAUGGCCAUAUUGGACAAGUUCAACAGGUGAUGGCACUUCCCGAUGACUAUGAAUUCGAGGAAGAGGGCGUCCGUGAAGCCGACAAUGCGUCUGUGGCAAGUAACCGCAGCAGCUCGCCUGCCCUGAAUUCUUCGGAUGCCACUCUUACGCCACCACCCGAUGAGGAAAGAUCGGCAUAUGGUCAAGAGUUUGUCGACGACAGCGGUCGCGCACUUCCUCCACGAUACAUGCUCACGGCCUCAUUGGAUGCGACCUUGAGACUUUGGGACACGGCUUCCGGUCGCUGCUUGAGAACGUUCUUCGGCCACGUCGAAGGAAUCUGGGGAUUAGUUGGAGACUCGCUGCGAUACGUGACUGGCGCCAACGAUGCGACAGUCAAGGUGUGGGAUCCUCGUACCGGAAAGUGUGAGCGUACCUUUACCGGACACGAAGGUCCUGUAACCUGUGUCGGACUUAGCGACUGCAGAAUGGCAAGUGGUGGAGAGGAUGGAGAAGUGCGACUUUACCGGUUCGAUUGCGAUCCCUCCGAGGCCGCCGCGUGCGGAACGCCGGCAUAG